UGUUUCGCAGAAUUUCUUUUUUUUAGUGUAGUUAUUACUUAUUAAGUCUGAAAUGAGUAAGUCUGCUUAUUUUGAAAACUAAAUACUUGUGGUGCCACGAGAUAUACUUGAAAAUUUUACAUGGCUUGUGGUGGAGUAGGUUAACGUGUGUGAACAGUAUUUAAAGUGUUAGUUCUUAUUUUAAAUUAAAACGCAAUUAUUUCUUUGAAAAGUUUGAUACUUUUCUUUAUUGCUUGUUGACGGAAAAUCUGUGGUCACAGUAUUAACAAAAAUGGCUACUCCAUGUACAUUAUUCAAACGGCCUUUUACAGUAUGCCUAGAGGGAAAUAUAGGAAGUGGUAAAACAACAUUUUUGAGUCAUUUUAAGAAAUUCAAGAAUGUAACGGUACUGCAAGAACCUGUAGAGCUUUGGCGAAAUAAAGCUGGAACUAACUUACUAGAAUUGAUGUACACUGACCCUACCCGAUAUGCUUUUUUAUUUCAAUCCUAUGUACAGCUAACAAUGCUUAAAUUACACACACAUGAAACUUCAUUCCCAUAUAAAAUCAUGGAAAGAUCAGUGUAUAGUGCAAGAUGUUUUAUUGAAAGUAUGAAACGUUCAAAAACAUUGAAAGACAUAGAGACUGUCAUCUUAGAAGAUUGGUACGAUUGGUGUAUAACAAAUUGUCAUAUAGAAACAGAUUUAAUAGUAUACUUAAGGACAUCCCCGGAGAUUGUAUACCAGAGGAUGAAAGAAAGAGCAAGAAUGGAAGAAAAUUCUGUGUCAUUAGAAUAUUUGAAACAAAUUCAUGACAUUCAUGAAGAAUGGCUUUAUCAUCAAACGUUAUUUACUGUACCAGCACCAGUUUUAGUGUUGGAUGGAAACAAGAGUCUAAAGGAGAUGUUAACUGAAUUUGAACAUUGUAAAAAUCAGAUUUUUAGUACAAGAAUAGAAGAUAAUAAUCUAGGUGCUACGUUAUCUUCGGCGCGUAUAAGAAGAUAAUCACACGCAUAUAAUUCUUGGUAUUCAUUUUUUUAUAUUCAGUGAUAUUAAAAUAUUAUAUUUUUCGACGAAA